AUGGGCUUCAUCGGUGAUAUCGCCAGGUGGCACGGCCCCCCGCCGUCGCCGUCGCACGCGCCGCUUAGCUGCGUCAGUCUCGCGUUCGGUCUGCACGGUAGUGGCCGUAUCGCUGCUCGAUACGGCGAAGAGUCUCGAGUUAACUCCGCCGUUGCCGGUCCCAAGCCCGGAUGUGAAAGGAGGAGGGUUCGUGAAAAGAACCACUCACUGAUUGUGGAACCCUCAAAGAGAAAUAAAGACCGAUCCCCCUUAUUACCGAUGACCUUUAGCGCGAAAUUACGGACACGGAUUGGAUGUUGGAAUGUCAGAACCAUGACUCAACCUGAAAGGCUUCCGCAGGUAGCCAAAAUCAUGCGGGACUACAGCAUUCAUAUCCUAGGAUUAAGCGAAACGAGAUGGAACGAAUUUGGUGAAAUAACAUCUGAUUUUGACUCGACCCUUCUGUACAGUGGAAAAGAGGAUGAGAACGCAACUCGGGAGUACGGCGUGGGGCUGCUCCUAAGCCGUAGCGCGAAGAACAGCCUUCUGUCCUGGAAUCCGAUAUCGGAACGAAUCAUCACAGCUCGGUUCUCAUCUAGAGUCAGAAAAAUCACUGUGAUCCAAUGUUACGCCCCAACUAACUCGGCAUUGCCGGAUGAAAAGGAGAGUUUUUACGAGCAGCUGGAGUCGACCUUGAAGAGCACAAAGAAGCAGGAUAUAGUAAUCCUGAUGGGAGACCUGAAUGCCAAGAUGGGCUCAGACAACGAGGACCGAGAGCAUUACAUGGGACGCGAAGGGGCCGCCGGAGUAAUAAACGAAAACGGAGAACUCUUCGGCGACCUGUGCUCUGCACACGAUCUGGUGAUCGGAGGAACCCUGUUCAAGCACAAGGAGUGCCACAAAAUCACCUGGAUUUCUCCUGAUGGUGUGACCCGAAACCAGAUCGAUCAUAUUGCGAUAAGCAGAGCAUGGAGAACAUCGCUACUCGAUGUUAGGAACCAUCGCGGCGUGGAUGCGGAUAGCGAUCACCAUCUUGUUGUUGCUGAUGUACGUCUCAGGAUGGCAGCAGCUUGACGUAAGUUUGAGAAAGCAUCCAAAAAGUUCAAUUUGCAGAUCCUGAGGAGCGAAGAGGGAAGAAAGGAGUUUAGUAUCUGCCUUCGCAACCAAUUUGAACUUUUGAAAGACCUGGAAGACGAGGACAUGGACGAAGCUUGGGAGCGUAUGCGUACUGCCUUCACUAAAGCCGGCGAAAAAGCCCUAGGCUAUAAACACUCCAAACAAGAACCUUGGAUGUCCCAGGAGCUGUGGUCUGCAAUAGAGAAAAGGCAGAGUAUAAAGCUAGACCUGCUGGCCGCUAAUAACUUUACCACCAAAAAGACCCUCGAUGAAGAAUACGCAGCCAUACGUCUCCAAAUUCGUAAAUUGGCUAGACGCGACAUACGACGCGCCGCCGACGAGCUAGCCGACCGGGCCAACGCAGCAGCCAAGGUAUCAAACAUGAGGGAGUUGUACGACGUCACUAAGCGUUUGUGCAACAAGUCACGUCCCUCUAAAAAGCCGCUGAAGGACGCCACGGGACAGCUGCUUUGUACUACAGAGGAGCAACUUAAACGAUGGACCGAGCACUUCUCCAACCUUUUAACCCAAUGCCAAACUCAGUCGCAAUGCCAUGCCAGUUUAGAAUAA